AUGCCCUUUCUUCCGCCUCAACCCCCACCUCGCGAAAAUGGCAAACCUCGAAAUGAUGAUGAUGAGUCCGACUCUAAUGAGAACAAAUCAUCCGACAGCGAUAUAAAUGCAAAUUCAACACCACAAUCAUCCGAUUUACAUGAUGAACAAAGUGCUGAAUCCAAAAUUGAGGAAUCAGCAAAUGAGAAAGCACCCGAGGGAGAUUCUAGCGCACAAGAGAAGAAAUCAGAUGAUACUGAAGAAACACUUGCUGACGCGUUGCGAAAAUUAAUUUCCCACCGAUUCAAGCAAAAAGUGGAUCAACAGCGGAAUAAAAAAAUAACAGAGAAUCAACCAGAAGAGCCAGAAAAGAAACCGGAACCUCAGAAAAAAUCUCUUUUGAAAAACAGCGAAAAAACCUUAUCAAGAGAAUCGACAUCUUCACGAAGCUCGAGAGGGAGUAAAAAAUCCAUGCCUAAUUCACAGCGAUCUCAAUCUAGCAGAAAAAGUCAUCUCGGCGCUAGAAGAGAGAGCUCAGCGACAUCCGCUUUCGAUUUCAACUCUGAUAGCGAGCUUUCUGAUUAUGCUGUUGAAGUAGAAAUUAGAAGCGCCUGCAGCGAUUACUCGUACGACGAAUGGAUUGAAGACUCUAACGACUCCGACGACGGGGGAGAUCCAUUCAACUUAGAAACGUUCAAGUCGAUGCCAAACAUAAAAACAAUUCGAGAGCCGCACUCAGAGACACUAUCAUCUUUGCCGGAUAAAAAAGAGCCCGUUCAAAAAUCUGUUGAUUUCGCCCAUGAAAAGGUCAACAUUGGCAAUCGAAAAGUAUGGAAGCGAAACUCUAACGUCGGACUUGCCCGGCAUAGUUUUGCGAAUAUCGGCGAUGCACAAAGAGCGUAUACUUUGUCGCGCGAUCCAUCGAGGGAUUCAUUUGCCAGUUACACAGGCAACAUGAUUCCCAACUAUGGCUUGUACGGACCGAAUACGGUCCAGUCCAAAUCUCUGUCGAGAAUGGAUUCUUACGACCCGGGAAAUGUUUCUGAGUCUGCAAUGUCCAGUGCAUCCUCUCACUUUACGAAAAUAUUUCAACCGCCAAAAUCGAAACCCCCACCUAUUCCGAUGCCCUUCGCUGAGAGGACAAUUUAUGUUCAUGUCAAGAAUGAAAAAGAACUUGAGCCCGAGAAAACAGAAAAGGUGUCCAUUUUUGGUCAACGAGUAGCAAUUUCCUCUGGCGCUAAGAAAGCGAUUUCUUCUGCUUCGAGAACGGUGUCAAUGGAAUCGGAAUACAAUCCCGUUCCAGUGCCAUUGCCAACUGGCCAAGAAAUCUCCGCUAUUUGGGCCUCGAACAUGCAGUACCCGUCCGCCCCUGCUGUCAAGUACAAAAACGAGCUGCAGGAAAGCUACUGUAAGAUUUCCCAAGAAGAGUUCGCCAAAAAGAACAAAAUCGGCAAAGAUGAAAUUCUCGCUGUUCUCGAUUUACCAGGCCUAACCGCGACGGAAAUCAGCGCAUCGCGAAAUCCGAAGAAAUCAAGGAGGAGUAAAAAGGACCUUGUCAUCAAACCAAUCACUAUCACUGUCGAAAAAACUUGCACCAAAGUUGAGCAUUGA